AUGAUGACUAAGCGCACGCCGAUCGCCCGACUCGUGGUCGGCGCGUGCUGUUUACUGGCCGCGGCUAUGUUCGCGGCCGCACAACCACCGGCCAUCAACAGCGCGGACCCUGGCACCGAUUCGGCUCGACAGACUCCUGUUGGAGGGCCAAACGUGUGUCGGUCGCGGUUCAGAAACUACUGUUGUCCAGGCUGGUCAUUGAAACACGCGACGGGGCUUUGUAUUGUCCCCGUGUGCAAUAGGCCCUGCAAUGGGGGUCGGUGUAUCAAACCCAACAUGUGUCUCUGCGACGAAGGAUCCGUCAGGUCGGCGUGUUUGCCCGACGACCUCAGAGAUGCUUACAACAGGGACGACGAGCAGUUACGAUCGUCUCAGUCGUCUACGCCGGACCGAUACGGAAAACCGCCUUCGACCGGUUCGAACAACAGUGGUAGUUCCGGCGGAAGUGGUGGGAGUAGCGGCAGCGGUGGAAAUGACAGUGGGACAAACGGCAGUGGAGGCAUAAGUAACAGUAGCGAUAAUGUUAGCAGAGGUGAUAGUGCUAACAGGGGUGACAGUGCUAGCAGAGUGGAUAGUGCUAGCAGAGUUGACAGUACUAGCAGAGGCGAUAGUGCUAGCAGAGGUGACAGUACUAGCAGAGGCGAUAGUGCUAACAGGGGUGACAGUGCUAGCAAAGGUGUUGGAAAUGUCGGCAGCGUUAGCAGUACCUCAAGUAGCAGAGUAGCAACUACGACUGCCGUCAAUUCUUUGGCAGUGGCAUCACGGAAUUAUUGCAAGUAUCCGUGUCUGAACGGCGGCACUUGUCAGGGAUCGGUUUGCGCGUGCCGACAGGGUUACAGCGGUGAAAAUUGCGGAGACCCAAUCUGUCGGGACGGAUGCUUAAACGGCGGCCGGUGCAUCGGCCCCGACCGGUGUGCGUGCGUGUACGGAUACGCUGGGCGCAGAUGCGAAGCCGAUUACCGAAUCGGCCCGUGCUACACCAGGGUGAUCAACGAUAUGUGUCAAGGACAACUGGAGGGUGUUGUUUGCACCAAACAGUUAUGUUGUGCAACAAUAGGCCUGGCGUGGGGACAUCCGUGUGAACAGUGUUCACUGAGCUACGAUUGUGAUAUAGGUUUUCUCAAGAACUUGCACUCCAACCAAUGCAUAGACAUUGACGAGUGUGAGGCGAUUCCGGGAAUUUGUAAAGGUGGAGCGUGUGUAAAUAGCGUGGGGUCUUUCAAGUGCGUGUGUCCUGAGGGUCGAGUGCAUAAUCAAGUAACGAACGUUUGUGAUGAUGAAAACGAAUGCAAAAGAGGUGAUCCGAACAUUUGUCAAGACGGUUAUUGUGUGAACACUGACAGUUCGUAUUAUUGUAUCUGUAAACAAGGAUUCGUGCCCACCACUGACCGAAAAGGAUGUAUAGAUACUCAACAGGGUCAGUGUUAUACGAGACUUACAUUGAAUCAAGACUGCUCGGAUCCGUUGCCGAUGAAACUCUCUAAGAAGGACUGUUGCUGUGGUAAAGACAUGGGACAGGGCUGGGGAAAUUGUUGUGAACAUUGUCCUCUUCAAGGAAUGGCUGAAUACGUAAAGCUUUGUCUCGGUGGCAAAGCUAAUCAAACGGUGCUGAACUUGGUGGAUGAAUGCGGUUUGAGACCAGAGAUUUGUGGGACCGGUGGCAAGUGCAUCGACACGGUCGAUGGUUACGCAUGCGAAUGUUUUGCCGGGUUCACAAAGAGCAGACACGAGGAGUCACAAGUGUGUGAAGACAUCAACGAAUGCGCACAACAGGGGAUCUGCAACAACGGGCAGUGUAACAAUACGCCGGGAAGUUUUAUAUGCUCUUGUCCGCCUGGUUACGACUUGGCCUCGGACGGAAAACGUUGUAUAGAUCACAACGAAUGCGAAAAAAACGGCAUGUGCGCGAACGGAAAGUGCUUGAAUGUACAAGGGUCUUUCCAAUGCCGCUGCAAGUCGGGAUUCGUUAUGUCACAAACCGGCCACUCGUGCAUAGACAUCGACGAGUGUUAUGAAAACCCAAAAAUUUGCCUCAACGGCAAGUGUCGAAAUACCCCAGGUUCCUACAUAUGUGAGUGCCAGCCGGGAUAUACGGUUUCCCCAGACGGAACGUUUUGCACGGACAUAAACGAGUGUGAAAGAAGACCGGGUCUUUGUAGAAAUGGAAAAUGUGCAAACACUGAAGGAUCGUUCAAAUGUGUCUGCGACUCCGGCUACAUAUUGACACCAGACCGACAGAACUGUAUAGAUAUCGAUGAGUGUUCAAAUUCCGGUGGUCCUUGUCAAAACGGCAAGUGCAUAAAUACGGCUGGAAGUUACCGUUGUGAGUGUCAAGAUGGGUUUUACUUGGGACUCGAUGGUCGUACAUGUCUGGAUACACUCCGCGAUCUCUGUUAUGCCAACUUUCAGCAGGGCUCUUGUCUGCAACCCCUAACCACACCCAUGACGAAAUCCAGUUGUUGCUGUUCAUACGGCGUGCUUGGGCAGACACCUGGAUGGGGUUCGCAGUGCUCAAAAUGUCCUUCACCUGAUAGCUUGGAAUUCAAAGGACUCUGUCCUCAGGGUUCUGGGAUGACGUACAAUGGCGAUGACAUAAACGAGUGCGCUCAAAACCCAGCAGUGUGCUCCAACGGAGCUUGUGAAAAUACAAUAGGAAACUAUCGGUGUAUAUGCAAUUCCGGUUACGAGGUGGAUGACACGGGUAAGAUUUGUAAGGAUAUUAACGAGUGCGACAUGGACGAUACAAUUUGCAAUGGUGGUCAGUGUCGCAACACACCGGGAAGUUUUCAGUGUACAUGUCCUGUGGGAACUGUAUUGAACUCUGAAAGUCAAGCAUGUCAGGAUGUAGAUGAGUGUGACGAACUCGGUCUUAAUGCUUGUGUAGCGGGCCAAUGUAUAAACACAGUUGGUUCUUUUGAGUGCGAAUGUCCACCAGGCACCAUUUUGGAUAGUACAGGACGAGUUUGUUUAGAUAAUCGUCGUGGUUCGUGUUGGACCCGUAUGACUGGUGGCAGAUGUGAGAACAAUCUCGUGCAACUAACUUUGAAAUCGGAUUGCUGUUGCUCGAUUGGGCUGGCUUGGGGUAGUCCAUGUGAACCUUGUAAGCCAGAAGACUGUGGUGGUGAUUGCAAUAAGGGAUUCGUGUCUGUAGGUAAAAUAUGCCGUGAUAUAAAUGAAUGUGAACUGAGCCCAGGGAUUUGUAGAGGUGGUGGUACAUGUGUCAAUACAGAAGGAUCAUUUACGUGUGUGUGUCCUCCUGGUUUGACAUUAGACACUACUGGAACUGUUUGUUUGGAUGUACGAGAAGAAAAGUGCUACACAGAUUUUAAGCACGGUGCUGGUGUCAACGCAUUAGACGGGAUUUAUCCAAAAUGUAUUUGCUGUUGCUCUACUAUAGGAAAAGCUUGGGGCGGAGGGAUCGAAGGAUCUCUUGGUAGGAGUGAAACUUGUCCUAGACGUGGUACUCCUGGUUUUAAUGAAUUAUGCCCAAAAGGACCAGGUUUUAUUGAUCGCAAAGAUAUUAACGAAUGUAUUGAGUUUCCUGGUAUAUGCAGUAACGGACGGUGUAAGAACACCAUGGGAGGUUUUACAUGUAAAUGUAGUCAAGGAUACACUUUGGACGAAUCUGGAAUCCGUUGUGUUGAUAUUGAUGAAUGCAAUAUUAUGCAUGGUGUUUGUGGUGAUGGAGAGUGUCAAAAUAUACCUGGAAGUUUUGUGUGCAAGUGCAAAGACGGUUAUGAAACAUCUCAAUUGAUGCAAGUUUGCAUGGAUAUCGAUGAAUGUGAGAGAACGCCAGGACUAUGUCGCGGUGGUACAUGUCAAAACACACCAGGCAGUUAUAAAUGUGAAUGCCCUCCUGGACAUGAACUUUCUGCGGACAAACAAAGUUGUAAAGAUAUCGACGAGUGUUCAAGAACGAGCGGAAUCUGUUCAAAUGGCGUUUGCGAAAACAUGAUGGGAACUUACCAAUGCGUGUGUGAUGAUGGCUAUAGGCAAACGGAUCAGAAGUUUUAUUGUGAAGAUAUUGAUGAGUGUGAGGUGAAUAAUGGUGGAUGCUCUUCUAUAUGUGUCAAUGUCCCAGGCAGUUACAUGUGCACGUGCAAGGCCGGAUUUAAUUUGUUAGCUGAUAAACGAACAUGUGCUGAUAUAAACGAAUGCGAAGAAAAUCCUAGAAUCUGUAACGGUGGCCACUGCAACAACACAAUUGGCAGUUUUCUGUGCUCUUGUUCGGGAGGUUUGCUCAAAGGAGCUGAUGGUUCAUCUUGCAUAGACAUUAAUGAAUGCAACGAGAAGGACGUGUGUGGGAAUGGUGUUUGUAGUAAUACCAUCGGAUCAUUUACUUGUCGUUGCGAAGAGGGAUAUUCAGCCAAACUGGACUCAGGACCUGCUUGUACUGAUGAAGACGAAUGUGAAAUGGGUACCCAUAGGUGUGAUUUAAACGCAGCAUGUAUGAACAAUCCGGGUUCAUAUGGCUGCCGAUGUCAAGAUGGAUUUACUGGCAACGGAUACAACUGUAUGGAUAUCAACGAGUGUUUAACUAAUAACGGAGGUUGUGACCAAAAUGCACAAUGCAUAAAUGAAGAAGGCUCUUUUAAGUGUGUAUGUGAUGAUGGUUUCCGUGGAGAUGGAUACUCGUGUACGGACAUUGAUGAGUGUACUGAAGAUUCUACUCUAUGUGAGAAUGGUCACUGUUUGAAUUAUCCCGGAUCAUUUAGAUGCGAGUGUGAAAUGGGAUUUAUUAAUCCAGAUGACAAAAAUGAAAGAUCUUGCAAUGAUAUAAACGAAUGUCACAUGUUCAAUAACCUGUGUGUGUAUGGCAAUUGUGAAAACAUAUUUGGGACAUUCAGAUGCGAAUGCAGUGGAGGAUACCAAUUGGACAACACGGGAGGAAAUUGCACUGACAUAAAUGAGUGUGAAAGUCCCCAAGCAUGUCUAUACGGUGAAUGCAUCAAUAACGAAGGCAAUUACACAUGCAAAUGCCCGCCUAAUUAUCAACUAGUUCCGGCCGGAAACGCAUGUGUCGAUAAGAGAGAAGGACGUUGCUACAUGGAAGUGGAAGAUCGAGGUGGGCAGAGACUCUGCCAUCACGAGAUGGGAUCAGCCGUGUCGAAGGCCACUUGUUGCUGUUCCGUGGGUAAGGCCUGGGGCUCCAAGUGUGAGUCGUGCCCGGGAGUGGAAACGGAAGAGUACAAGACUCUCUGUCCCGGUGGAACGGGUUACAGGCCCAACCCGACCACGGUGAUACUCGAAGACGUCAACGAGUGUGAGGAGCACGACAACCUGUGCACGAACGGCCACUGCACCAACACGUUUGGGAGUUACAUGUGCUCGUGUAACGAAGGUUAUCGUCUCGACAACACCAGUACAUUCUGUUAUGACGUAGACGAGUGCAACGAGAACCCGGACGUCUGCGGCGUGGGAUUCUGUUCGAACGAAGUCGGCACAUAUCGUUGCGUUUGCCCCGACGGAUACAUGCUCCUGCCAAACGGAAAGGAAUGCGUGGAUAUGCGGAAAGACAACUGCUUUUUGAAUUACACGAACGGCCAGUGUUCUGUGCCCAUGUCUAACAGUCAAACUCGAAUGAUCUGCUGUUGUUCGAUGGGCCAAGCCUGGGGAUUGCCGUGUCAACCUUGUCCGGCGUCCAGUACUAAGGAAUACUUAUUACUAUGCGGCUCAAGACCGGGCUUGAUCAUGAAUCCGAUGACCAACCGGACCGAAGAAAUUGACGAGUGUGCACUUAUGCCGAACAUGUGCAACCACGGAUCCUGUGUCAACACGCCCGGAAGCUUCCACUGUUCGUGCGACGGUGGAUACGUGUACGACGCCAACUCCCAUCAAUGCAUCGACGACAACGAAUGUCUGCGCAUACCAGCUCCGUGUAGGGGUAUCUCUCAGUGCGUCAACACUCCCGGUUCGUUCGAAUGUCAGUGUCCAGAAGGGUACAAGCUCGGGUCGACCGCCAGAGAGUGUGUGGACGUCGACGAGUGCUACGAGCGGGAUGGAAUAUGUCGGGACGGCGAAUGCUCAAAUCUGGACGGCAGUUUUCAGUGCACCUGUCACAACGGCUAUGCGCUCACUGCGGCUCGCGACACGUGUGUGGACGUAGAUGAGUGCAGUCGUCAUCAGAACGUGUGCAACAACGGCACUUGUCUCAACACCGUGGGAUCGUUCAAGUGCAGCUGUUUCGACGGGUUCAAACUCAGUCACAAUAACGAUUGCAUAGACGUGGAUGAGUGUAGAAUGAUGCCUUUCCUGUGCAGAAACGGUCGAUGUAAGAAUACUAUGGGUGGGUUCAGCUGUGAAUGCACUUCCGGAUAUAUUCUAUCAACCGACGGCCAACAUUGCAGGGAUAUUGAUGAAUGUACUGAGAUACCGGACACUUGUCCCCAGCCGGGGAGAUGUCAAAAUCUGAUGGGAUCGUUUUUGUGCACCUGCCCGCCCGGAUACCGGCUGUCGGCCGCCAAAAACUCGUGUAUCGACAUCAAUGAAUGUCAAGAAAUGUCCGGUAUAUGUGAUGGAGGUACAUGUAUGAACACAGACGGCGGCGUUAUAUGUGACUGUCCCGAAGGUUUCGUGCUCAGCUCCAACGGCAUGAAAUGUAUAGACACCAGACAAGACCACUGUUACGAUAAAUUUUUAUCUGGCAACUGCUUGGCUCCUAGAAAACAGAGGAUAACGGAGAAGGAGUGCUGUUGUUCGGCGGGAGGCGGAUGGGGUAGGCUCUGCACGGCUUGCCCGAAACCUGGAAGUGAUGCGUUUGCAAAACUGUGUCCUGAGGGCAUUGGUCGUGGAGACAAGGGCGAAGACCUGAACGAAUGUGACUUUAUGACAAACCCCUGUGACGGGGGUGAAUGUAUAAACACGGAUGGAUCUUACAGGUGCGAGUGCCCAGUUGGUUACGUUUUGGAUUCGACAGGUAAAAAAUGCAUGGACGAGAACGAAUGCAAAAUAAACGUAAACAUUUGCGGAAACGGAACGUGUACGAAUCUGCAGGGUGGAUUUGAAUGCAUCUGUGCUGACGGAUUUGCGCCGGGGCCGACCCAGGUCUGCGAAGAUGUCAACGAAUGUCUGGAAAUGUCCAAUCAGUGCGCAUUUCGUUGUCACAACGUUCCCGGAUCGUUUAGGUGCAUAUGCCCGUACGGAUAUGCCCUGGCACCGGAUGGUAGACACUGCCAAGACGUUGACGAGUGUGUGACGCCGGCGAACAAUUGUAAAUUCGCGUGCAAGAACCUGAUCGGGUCUUUUGCGUGCAUCUGUCCUGAGGGCUACGCUCAAGUCGGCUCGGACGAAUGCAGGGACAUCAAUGAGUGUGCUGAAAACUCGAACGUUUGCCAAAACGGAUAUUGCGUCAACCAGCCGGGCACGUACAAAUGCGAUUGCUACGACGGGUUCAAGACCAGUUACGACGGAAAACAGUGUAUAGAUUCUAGAGUCGGAUUUUGCUACAGACAUUUGCUGAACGGCAGGUGUAUCAGUCACGGCGGCACGAGUGGCGGAAACGUCACGGGCGCCGUGGCCUACAGAUCCGUGACGAAAGCUGACUGCUGUUGCUCGAUGGCCGCCGCCUGGGGACCUCAGUGUCAACCGUGUCCUUCUCCGUCUUCAGAUUCGUUCAGACAACUGUGCUUGGAAUCUGGUUACACGAUCGACGGUCAAGACAUAAACGAAUGCGAAACUUUACCAGACUUGUGCGCCAACGGUAGAUGUAUAAACACUCUGGGGUCGUACAGAUGCAGUUGCAACAAGGCUUUCAAAGUCGAUCACACCGGAACGCAUUGCAACGACGUAAACGAAUGCCUUCUCAACCCGUCGCCGUGCGAAAUGUCCUGCCAGAAUCUGGAAGGCGGAUACGCUUGCGGCUGUCCCGCCGGAUUUGUGUUAAAUCCCGACAACACCACUUGUCGUGACUUGGACGAGUGCACUACCGGCCAACACAUUUGCCAACAACUGUGCAUCAACACCCACGGGUCGUACAAGUGUGGAUGCCAACCUGGUUAUCGACAGAUCGGAGAUCACUGUGCAGAUAUCGACGAGUGUCGGCAAGAAUCCAACUUAUGCCCGUCGCCGGGAAAUUGCGUCAACACUUUGGGAAGUUACAGGUGUCUGUGUCCGAAGCACUAUAAGCUCGACAGCACCGGUACUCGUUGCGUGGAUCCAAAGCAAUUACAAUCGAAGAAUCACCAUAUCGAUUGCAUCGGACUUGACUGCAAUCAGAAUGUUCCCGGCAAUAACAAUAACAACAACAACAACAACAACAACAACAACAACGGGUGUCAUGAUCAUCAGAGUGCUCAAAAUGGUCAAAACGGUACUUCCACCGCGAACGGGAACAAUAAUUGUGGAUGUCCAAAGGGUUUCCGGAAGUCGGGCUACCGUGGCGAGUGUGUGGAUAUCAACGAGUGCCUCGACUCACCAUGUGACCCCAACCUUAACUGCAUCAACACGCCCGGUGGCUACCAGUGCGUGUGCGCCAAUGGACAGAUCUACGAUCCUCAGUACGGUGCAUCACAGGGUUGUAACGGCAGACCGACAUCAUCUCAGCAUGGCGGUGGAGGCGGUGGCGGCGGAAUAGGAUGCUACGGGAGUCCUUGUGCAUUCGGUUGCACUCCACAUGGACAUGGAGGUUUCUCCUGCGGAUGUCCUUCAGGCUACCAACGGAUUGGCCAGGGUCAUUGUCUAUCGACCAUAAGUCCACUGACCAGUGGCUCCAACAUAGGACCACCAGAUCUGGGUGACAUCCCGACGUUUCCUAUAGAACCAGAGUUGUAUCCCAAAAGCUCGGGUGGAAAAAUAAUAUCGACCGAGGGCUGUUUCUCGUGCAAGAUAAAUGGGGAUGGUAGACUUCGUCAUAGGAGGACGACAAACGUAUCGUCGGAAAUUAUCACGGUGGACAACAACGAUGAUCACCUCAUGAAGAUACACAAGCACAGACACCACCGGGACGAUGGAGUUCACAAGACCAUCAGAAUGAAAAUGUCUGAUGCUAAACGAAACACUCGUAUUUUGAAACUGCUUCCAGCCGUCAAGGAAAAUUACAAUUACUUCUUGGUGCCAACCGGUGACUCAACUAACAAGUUCCGGAUAAAACGGAACUCCAAAGGCAUUUGGGGAUUGCACUUCCGGCGGAAUCCCAGAAAACCCGGAAAAUAUCACUUGGCCAUAGACAGUCAGCGCACUGCGGCCGACGGCCAAACCGAACGCCAGAAACUUCCAAUUUUGCACGUCAAGCUGAUAGUGUCCGGAAACUAAACCACCCGAUUUUUUUCAUUCUCUUAUUUUAAACCGAAAAAUGUAUCCAAAUCGACAGGUUUAUGAUCAAUUAAAAAAUUAAUCAAAUUUAGAACUCGCGGUACUAUUGUAAUUUCUACCCAAUAUUAGUUUACUUAUAGUAUUUAUCAGCUAUCGGUACUUAUUAGUAAGUUAUUGCAUUUAACUAUAGAUUCCGAAUGAUACAUUUAUUCGUCCAAAGUUAAGUCAAAAACGAUAUCAGUAUAUACGGCUAGUAUUUUUCGAAAACCAAAGGUAAUACUUUAUACAUGCACCUCUAUAUCAUUACAAUGGAUUUCGAUAAAAAAAAAAUCCGAUGAGAGAGUAAUU